GAUAGAAUUAUGGAAUAUCAAUAUAUUGCUCGUCAAUACAAAGAUCUCACUAAUUCUGCCACAAAUAUCAAGUUCAUUCAGGAUAAAUUAGCAUCUAGUGUCUCAAAGGAACAACGGCUCUUCAUGUGCAUUCUUCUCGGAUCUUAUAUGCUUCAACCAAACAAACCAAUAAUAAACGGCUGUUAUCUUCCACAGAACUUUCCGUCUACUAAUUUGCUAGAAGAUCUUGAAAGUAUAGAUUCUGAUUUUAGUCUCUCUGAUACUAGGCAUCUUGUUUCACAUGCGAUUAGAGCUUUGGUCCAACACAAUUCUAAAUAUGGCUUCACAACAUGGUUUAAAAUGUUCACCCUUGCACCAAUACUCGAUGAGUCAUAUGCUUUUAUAGACGCGAUAGAAGUUUAUAAUUUCGAAAACCGAUCUGAUCAAUUUCUUAAUGCGUUGGAAGACAAUGUGAAGCCUCAUAUUGAUGAGCUAUUUCAUAUGAAGAACGUAUUUUAUAAAGUUAUACAGAAACUAGUUUCAUUAUCGUAUGGUUUGGAAAGUCUUUUAUUUUUGUGGGAAAAAAUUAUCGGGCUUGAAAAAACAGAUGAUCACUUGUGCAAUACGAUGAAAAAAAGAAUUGAUGAAUUAAUAAAACAUGACAAUCCUUCUCAACUUAAAGAGCACUUUUAUAUUUUCCCGGAGAAGUUGCAACUUGAUGUCGCACAAAAUUUCAGGACCAAACUUUUGAAGUUGCUAAAAGAAAGGAACUCAAAAUGGAGAUGGGAAGAUCAAGAUAUCGCAUCCUUUCAAGAGCUUCUUCAAGAGACUAAUUUACAGUGGCCAAUCGAAGAAUACCCUCAAGUACUUGAAUCAAUUGCGGUGUCCGAUCAAAUACUCGUAUCGGAAUCUUUUCCUGAAGUUAUGAAAUUUAUCUUGGAAUCCAAAGUUACUGGAAGAAACCUUGACUUAAUUUUUGAAUCAUCAGUCAAAUGGUUUGAAAGGAUGGUCUCUCUUCGCACAUCCAGUUUCAUUGCUACUCAUGGUUCAAAUGCCAAAGAAAGUAUAGCAUAUAUAGUCUUUUAUUAUCUUUCUAAAGUAUAUCCGCUUGUUUCGCAUCGCCAAAAAGUUUCUUGUAGAUUGAAAGAUCAUGCGGAUAAAAUAAUACUUUCGUUAGCCAAUGAUGUUAUUUUCCCUCUUGCAUCAUAUAUCGAUGAGUUUCAUCAUGACAUUAUUGAUCAUUUUGAUACUUUAUUGAGGCAAAAAAUUGAAUAUUCUAUUCAAGACCCGGAUGAUAAACUUUUAAAAAUGAUAAUGCUCAUAUGUAAUAGCAAAGUGUUUUUAAACGUAAGAAAUGGCUUUUGUGAGAGUAUACUAUGCUUUAUAUUAGAUCAUCUCCAACAAAAUGAUAAAAAAUUACAUAAUAAGGAUGCAUAUCAACUUUCGCUACUUCGAUUUUCGCAAUUUUGGACAGAAAUAUUUUUAGCGAAAGGCCACACAACUGAAUUACAUUCUCAUCCACAUGUUAAAAAUGUGCGCGGUCACGUAGUUAAUAUGGCAGCAUCAAUUGCUGAAAAUACGAUUACAAUGGGGUUUCUUCAGGAAUUAUUAAGGCAUUCGGGCGAUAAAAACGAUGAUCUUAUAAGAUAUUUUAAUUCCGCAGUAGAAAAUCAAUCAGGAAAUGCUGAGCAUCUUAUAAUAACUGAUGAAAUUCUCGCUGCUAUACGUCGACAAUGUCAGGAAUACACGUCUACUUUUACGCAUCUUGAUAAAUUUUAUGAACGAUUUUGUUCUUCUGCCUUGGUAACAGAUGCUAGGAAAUAUCAUGACGAUCUGCUUCGUAGACAAGAUAACAUAAAAACUGUCACUCUUGAGGAAUCGGGUACUCGAGACCAUUGGUCGAUUCAUUCCACAACAAUUGAUGUUAUGGAGACCUCUUAUCACUUGGUUGAAUCGCAAACCUUCAAUAAUAUUUUUCAGGCCGCGUUAAAGGUAGAAACGCGAGAGCUGAAUGUUGAAAUUGUAACCACAGAAAUAAUUCAGAUGGCUAUUAAACAAUAUAAUACCAUAUGUCAAGGAUACGAAAAGUGUGAAAACAUCAAAUGCUCUGAAGCCAAUGAAUUUUGGAAGCACGUCGAUCAAAAUAAUAUUCGUUCUGAAAUUAAUUUCGUGACUCCUAACUGGGCUCGCACUCUCUCAAACAAGCAAUUACAGCAGUUAAUUUCUUCAGUGACUUACUUAAUUAACAUUCCAAUAUUGAAAGAAAAAUUAAAUAAUCUUUUAAUGGUCAUACAAAACUUGAAAAUACCACACAAUCCAAAUCACUGGGUUAUAACAUUUUCUAAUUCAUUAGGUGACGAAGAUUUAAAACUUGGCAAUUUACAAAAAAUAAUUGGAAAUGUAAAUAUGCAGUUUAAAAAAUUCAAAUUAUCGGAGGAGUUCUGGUCAAUAAUUAAGGAAAUCGCUUGUUCGAAAGAAUGCAUUAAUUUUCUACAAGAGCUUGUUGGUCAUGAUCUGAAAAAUUUAAUCAAUGGUGCAGAUGAUCAUUCCGAUGAACGUUUAAUCCAAGAAGAUACCGUUUCAACAUUUAUUCAA